AUCAAGCUAGGUUAGAAUUCUUUAGUGUGAAAGCUCUACCAUCAAAUACUGCUACAUUUUUAUGGUUUAAGUUUAAAAUCUUUAGUUAAACUGGUACAACUCUCUUGCUAGUUGAAUGAAACAAGCGUUGGUUUAUCAUGUAUGGUAAUUCUUAUUGAAGUUUCAGCCCCUAAAAGUCAACAUUAGAAUAGGAUUUUGAAAAGGCACCUUUACUACCAGGGAAAAGAAACAGAGAAAGUAGGAUGGAGGAGGAAAAGAUACCUUGUAUAAUGUGAGUGAGUUUAGAGUGAAGACAGCGUGCGCUCAAAACCAAAAAAAAAAAAAAAUGGAGAAAGCUCUCACAACUGUGGGGAGCUUUUGGAUCUCCAAGAAAGCCAAACAAGAAUUCUCCAAUAUCUCCAACGACUUGUCCUCUCUCUCAAAUUCUGUUGAAGGCAUGGCAAAAUGCUUACUGAACAAGCUCACAGUUAAAGGCAAACAGAGGAAGGAGAUAGGAGAAGUUCUGAGAGAGCACAACAUACCGGGGGGAAUGUUCCCAAGCAACAUAAAGUGUUACGAGUUUGAUGAAUCAAAAGGGAAGCUGACAGUGCACCUUGCCUAUCCAUGUGAGGUCUGCUUCAAGGACUCGUCCCUCCUGAGGUACUCCACGCGUGUGAAGGCCAGCUUGUCAAGGGGAAAACUCACCGUUUUGGACGGCAUGAAGACGAAGCUUCUUGUGUGGGUGAAGGUGUCUAGUGUGUGUGUUGAGAGCUACAAGUCUGACAAAGUUUGCUUCACUGUUUCUGGUGGCGUCAAGAUAAGCAGGCCCAGAGAUGCUUAUGACUUGCCUCGCCCAGCCAUUCAAGUCCAUGACUUCUGACUUCGUCUUUAUAUCAUUUGGUCUCAUCAUCAUCUGCUCAUGUAAUAGUGAGAGGUUUCACUCAUUUGAAUGAGGUUUUAAGAUUUUUAUGGACUGUCAUGUUUGAAUAGAAAUUUAGAACGGUGGGGACUGCUUUGUAUGGGAUGACGUGAGAUUUAGAAUUAGGAUGGCUCUGUCGUGUGUCCUAUCUCGAGCAAGGAAACAACAUGAAAUUUCUAUCCUUUAGGAUGGGACAAGACUGCAAAAAUCGUGUAAAAACACAAAGACUAGUA